GUAAUUGCAUAAUGAUACUGAAAUCAGCAGAUUAAUUUAAAAUUUUGUUUGGAAAAGUUAUUUGCAUAAAUUGGGUCUGUUCAUUUUAAGUCCUGAGUAAGCUUAGUAAGAAUAAGUGUAGAAAAAAAUACUUUGACUACCUAUACUAAUUCUUACUGAGUUUUCUCAGUACUUUUGGUUCUGCUGAACUGACUCAUUGUUAUAUUAUCAGUUUGUUUAUAAUUUGUAAUCUAAUAGCGCGCAUGUUAUUUAUAAGAAAUGUGAAUCGCUUAACAGUUUUUGCAUUUGAAACAUUAAUUAUAAUUAAAAAUCAUAAAAAUUUUAACUAUAUUAGUGUCUGUGAUUAAAAAAUAUAAAAAUGAAAAGAGGUUAUACUAUGAUUAAUCAAAGUAGUGUUACUUAUGAGUGGAAAAUAAAUAACAUUGACGCUUAUUUAAAUGUAACCAAUCAAGGAACCGACAACACUUGCUUGAGUUCUCCAAAAUUCUCAACAGGAAUUAAAGAAAAAUACACGUGGCAGCUUGAACUAGUUUUUGAGAAUAAUUCAAGGUCAUCUAACAAGGACAUUAUGCGUCUAGAACUAUUCUGUUCUCCAAAAACGUCAAAUAAUGCUUCAUGCGGUUUCUCAAAUACAGUAUCGUCUAAUUCUACAAUAAAAAUGAUAAAAUAUUCAGUUUACAUUUUAGACAAUAAAAAAGAAAAAAAAAUGAUGACAGGUAAUCAUCUAUUCUUCACGAAAUCUAGCUGGACAAUUCUUCCUUUAUCAAAAAAAGUUCUACUAGAAAAAGUCGAUGAGUAUCUACCCGAUAAUAUUUUAACAGUGGGUCUUGAUCUUACCAUUUAUGAAGAGCCAUCUAAUUAUUCAAGUGAUACUUCAUUACGUAUUCCAUCGAAGCGUCCGAUGACUGAAGACUACAAAAAACUUUUCAAAAGUAAAAUUGCAAGCGAUGUUAUUAUUAAUGUAUGUGGUAAAGAAUUCAAAACUCACAAAGUUUGCCUGAUCGCACGAAGUCCUGUUCUCGAAGCAAUGUUUUUGCAUGAAAUGACAGAAAAGAAAACAAAUAAAAUUGACAUAGUUGAUCUUAGUCCAACUAUAUUUGAAAAAAUUUUAGAAUUUGUUUAUACAGACGAAGUUACCAAUCUGGAUGCUCAUGCUCAAGAUCUACUAGAAGCUGCUGACAAGUACCAAAUUGAUUUAUUGAAGGAUAUAUGUCAAGAAUCGAUCUGUAAGACUCUAACUCAAGAAAAUGCUCUUAAAUUUCUAGUCUUAGCUGACUUUUACAACGCUGAUCAUUUGUUAAAAUUUACGAUUAAUUUUAUAUUAAUUAAUAUGAAUAAUGUUAUGAAAAGUCAAGAGUUUUUAGACUUCAAAAAAGAAAAUCCUGUUUUAGCAUCUGAUUUGUUGAGCAGUUUUGUAUCAUCUCCUGGACAAGAUGAUCAACCUAAAAUUUAAUAAGCUAUGGUUGCAAAAGAAAGACCUAAACCUUCCUAGAUUGCCUGGGACUACCGAUUUAAUUAUACUCCUAUCAAUAACUUUUUGCUAUGACAUUAAAGUUAGCAGUCAUAUUUGAUUAUUUUUUAACAAAUAAAUUUGUUCCAAAAAAUAAUUUUUGA